AUGAACCUCACUGCUACACUAACGGCCCUGAGAACCAUACGAUUUGACUGUCAAAGUUAUCUGAUAGAAAAUGUGACAGACGAUCAACUCACUGCGUCAAGCAAUUAUGGUCCCCGUUAUACUGCAAUCGAAGCAAGGCUCUCUAACACACGUGGCUGGAGUCCAAAUACAGGCCAGUCUGAUCCGUGGAUACAGGUGGACUUCGAAAGGGUAGUUAGACUUAAAGGGGUAGUGACCAAAGGACUGGGGGAAACGUCACUGCUGGAGUGGGUGAAAAAAUAUCAGGUGAAGUACAGCGACACGGCCUCGACAUGGACAACGGUCAUUCACGGCGCCUCUAACGAAUUUACCGCCAAUAGCGACCCUUCUACCCCGGUCACAAAUGUAUUUCCGGUAGAGGUCAGUGCUCGAUAUUUAAGACUGUAUCCCACGGACUGUAACCAGUAUUGCAGUUUACGUUUCGAUGCUAUUGGAUGUGAAGUAACGCCUACCACUACAUUUCCGCCAGAAACGACUUCAACCACGAAUGUGCAGAUAACUUCCUCUACGCAUGCGCCUAUGACAACCACAACUCCAAGUACACUUCACCCAGAAACAACUUCAACAACGAAUGAGCAGAUAACAAAUUCCUCUACGCAUGCGCUUAUGACGACCACAACUUCCAAUACACUUCCACCAGAAACAACUUCAACAACGAAUGAGCAGAUAACAAAUUCCUCUACGCAUGCGCCUAUGACGACCACAACUUCCAAUACACUUCCACCAGAAACAACUUCAACAACGAAUGAGCAGAUAACUUCCUCUACGCAUGCGCCUAUAACGACUACAACUUCAACAUCUUCAUCAAGUACACGGCUCCAUACAUCUUCACAUGCAUCCACAACACAUGUGGUGACAUCAACACAGCAACAAACCACGUCUACAAUAUCUUCAUCGUCAGGUCAAGCCAUGGGAGCUUUAUGCCCGUGUCCAUGCCCCCAAGCAAAGAAUUUCACCAUGACACAAGCAGAACUAGAAGUUUGGCUAUUAAAUAUAAGUCGAAAUUUGGUGAUCCCUAAAGAAACGAUAUCCAGCUUUAUAAGGACCAAAAUUUCCGUGCAGGAUAGCAGACCGGAAAUGGUUUGCGUCGGGUCAUUAGGGAUAAUUCUUUUGUGUUUCAUCGUCAGUUGUAUCGUUCUGCCGGACCUUUGCACAUUUCUCCGAUUUCUGUAUAACUUGCUGGUAUCCAAGACAAAUAUGAAUUGUUUCAGAAGUAUUUAUAAAACGUAAUACAAUGUGGCAUCAGACCGUCAUCUACGACCGUCUGUUUCUUUAUCUUUGUCGGAGAUGGAGGGGGGGGGGGGGUACCUAUUAUAUCAGAUAACUUACUUUUCCCUCUUUUCUUUGGAUUGUACCAAAAACUCUCUGAUGCCAAACCAAACUAAUUAAAAUUGCACAUUUUGAUAUUGUAUAGCAAACUACUUGUGGGCGGAUCAAAUAAUCUGAAUUUAAUUGGAUUGGUGGUCCAACUGACCAAAAUUUAGAAAGUAACUAAACAUGCAAUGUUUCCUUUACGGGCAUUGAACGCUAAUGAUAGUGAAUUCAUUAAUUAAACUGUUAAUUGAUAUAUCAAUGCAUGAUAUCUACCCUUUAAUUAUAUGGAAUAUAAAUAAUAUGUACCUUGCUGGGUGCUAAUUGUUUGGGUGUCAAAUGAGUGGAUUUGUCGUUCAAAGUUUAGCGUGAAAGUAAUAAUUUCGAAAAUCGCGAAACGCGGGUGAUUCGGAAAAUUCUAAAUGACAGUAUUUUUUAAUCUUAUUUUGAAAUUAACUAACCGCAUUGGUAUCAUCACAUUUUGAAACAGUGUGUAAGCUAAAUUAAAUAAAGUAAUUUGUAUUCCUGACACUUUGUACUGGCGCAUAAAUGUCUUCCCAUUAGAGUUCUCCGCCCUUUAUUCAGACUUGCCUAUACAUCACGACGCUGUUAACAAAAAUAUUUUUUCGCGUCUUCUUUGGGGUGUAAUUAAUUUCAAAGUUUGAAUUCAUUUGACUUGUAUAGAGUAGUAAUCAUUUUAUAUAACACAAUGUUAUUAAAUACAAGAAGAGCUCAGUUUACAACCUGUCAGUGUAGAAUGGAAGAGAACUAUACUUUUGCGCAUCAUCACUAAAACAAAUAGAGAACUUUUGUCGCUAACAUUUGCCGAGUACUAGAUGGUCCGGAAACCAUAAAAAUAGUUAUGCAUUCCUUCAACAAGAGGCCCAUGGGCCACAUCGCUCACCUGAGUCACCUUGGCCCAUAUCUGAAGACUUUCCAUAUAUAUUUGCAUGUAAAACCUUAGUCCCUAUUAUGGCCCCAACUACCCCUGGAGGCCGCGAUUUUUGAAAACUUGAAUCUA